AGGGCCCUGCAGGGGUGUGGGCCUCAGCAGGUGCCCCACGGUGCGGACCCUGGAUGCCCGUCCCACCAGCAUGGUUUCAAGACUAGGUUACGGUUCAAGGGCAACGUUUCCUGGAAGCGCCAAUCUCUGCAGAAUUGUUGUAAGGAUAAUAGCACCUGUGAACAGGUUCUGGCGCAGACGCCCCAUGUUCAGACGCUCCCACCUCAAGAUCCUGCUGAUCGGCAAUUCCGGGGCGGGAAAAUCUGCCCUGAUGAACCAGUAUGUUAACCACCGCUUCAGCAGUCGCUACAGAGCCACCAUUGGAGCAGAUUUCCUCAGCAAGGAAGUAAACAUUGAUGGACGCAAACUGACCGUGCAGAUUUGGGACACAGCUGGUACAGAAAGGUUCCAAGCACUGGGGACUGCCCUCUACCGGGGGUCAGACUGCUGCCUUCUGGUCUUCGAUGUCUCAUCUGUCAGCUCUUUCCAAGCCCUGGAGAAGUGGCACAAGCAGCUCCUGUUGCAGAUUGAGCCAGAGGAAGAGCCCAUUUUCCCCACUGCUGUCAUUGGGAACAAGAUGGACCUGGAGAACCGUGAGGUGUCUUCCGAGGAAGCAGAAAUGUGGAGCAAGCUUCAUGAAGCCAAAUACUUUGAAACCAGUGCCAAGGAAGCCACCAACGUGGAGGAGGUGUUUGAGUGGGCCAUACGGGCCGUACUAAAGAAUGUAAGAAACCUCAUUUUCAGCCCUGCCCUUAUAAGGCCCCAGACAGACCACAUACCUUUGAGAUUGCUUUUAUCCCUAAAAACAAAAACACCUCUCCCCGUUUUCAACUUUCUUAUAAGACAUAGUCCUUCCCAACACCCCAUUGCCCACCUGCAUCAACCACUUUGCCCCCUCACCAUUUUUCUUUUUGUUUCACCUCAGCGGAGGGUACAUGAAGAGCCACAACCGGACUCAGUUCACCUGGAGACCAGGCCACCAGAAGGGGCAGCCAGACAGAAGUGUAGCUGCUGAUCAGACCAAAUACAGAUCCCUUCUGUCCGAAUAUGCCUAAGGGGGUGGGCUCUUCAAGCUCUGCAAUCCCAAAGGGUGAAAGUGCAACCCCAAAGAACAGCCCCAAGGACAUUUGGGGGGGCUGCAGCAGACAGCUUCUGGAGCUGGAUCCCAAGGUAGACCUUUGUUCUCUGGAUGACACAGCCUAGCACUUGGGAGAGCUGGAUCAUAUCCCCGGCUACUCUUCCCCCAAGCACAUGGAAAUAAAGCUGAAUGCCAAUAUUGUGCUUUUCAAUGGUGAAAACACUUGCGUCCCAGCCCUCCCAAGAGGGCAAAAGGGCUCUUCUCCCAAAAAGUAGCCAGAAAUGCCCUAGUACUAGAAGAGGAUGAGGGAAAGAGCUAGUUUCACAGACAGAACCUGGUUUCCAAAAAAAGGAGGUCUUUAAUUGUUCAAAAUAGCACAAAAACGACAGAUACGCAGCACUAGGGGUGAGGAGGCGCGGAGGGGUGGACAGCCAUGGGAAACUCCUAGGACGACUGUUCCUGUCUCAAAGGAAAAUAAAUGGGGUAGGAGAGUGGGUUAGGAAGGAUCUUAGGGUCUGAACAGGAAGGGGACACAGCGAAAUACAUUAUAAUACAAAAGACCAGGGCACAGAGCAAGUUGGUGGGGAAGGGGGUCUGCUCCUGGGUUUGUUUGCUUUUGGGGGGGAGGGGAGCCUGCUUUACCUGCCAAAUCUCUUUGACAAUGGAGAGGUAGGACUUAGCAGUCAGUGCAGUUGUUUGCUUUUCAUUUUAUAGCCUAUUCCCCACCAUCUCUGAAGAAUAAGCCCCGACUGCUCUUCUCCCUUCCCCUCUGUGGAAUGUCCAGAGAGGCAGCGAGUGGAGGGGGGUGUACAUAUUCCUCUGGAGUGGGAGGGAGCCGAGAUCCCUGCCCCAGCCAGAGGGAAAGCUGUACUUCAACAGGCAAAAGUAUUGUCCUGCAGUCUUGUUCCUAGCUUAUCACCCCGACCUUGUGGGGUCAGGCUCCAUCCCUCAAAAAUGUCCCG